UACAUUGUUCCAUUGUGGGGAACAUUAAUUUUGUGCCUAGUGAUAUUAAAAUCCCUUGAUGAAUGACAGAGUUAUGGACCGGAAAAAAAACUACAGACAGAUGGACGGACUGACAGACACUGGAUGACAGAUAUAGCCCAGUGAGUGAUCAAAAUAUCUUCCCAGGUCAGCUAAAAAUCCUAAUUGAGACUGACUGGAAUAUAGAUUACUUUGAGAAGUGUAAACUUAAAACAAGGAAAGGAAGUUCUCCUUUGUCAUGCAACUUGUAUUUAUAAUUAAAAAAACAAAAAAAAACAAGAGCUGGAUCAAUACUGAUCAAAUUUUAACUUGAAAAUGUUAAGCGCAUUUAUUUAACAAAACAUUAGUUUAAAAGAGUUAUAAACAUAUACAUUGCUAUAGAUCAAUUUCAAAAAUGAAUCUAGUAAAGAUAUAAUUUCGUAAAAUAAUUUCUUAAAUUUGUAAUAUCUCUGUCACAUGACAAGACAGUAAAUUGAUAUGCUUAUUACCAACAGAAACAGCUAAAUAUUUACUGUAAUUACCAGAAAAAGAUUUCUACAGAGGAGUGUGGAGUUUUUUUUAAACAAAAAUAGGAAUUCUUCUGUUCAGACAUGGCUGUACCAGGAAAAAAGAAACCUGAAAGAUUUUCAUUAUCAUCAACUAUGGGGUCUGAUGAUGACCCUAUAGUUUAUUGCCAGCCUUGUGACUGUGACGGUCCUAGACUGCCUGCCCAUGGCUAUUGUGUUGACUGCAGGGAGCACUUGUGUGACACUUGUUUCAUGGCUCACAAGAGACAUACCCUUUCAAGGCAUCAUACUCUUCUAGAUGAUAACAGCAUGCCACAAACCAUGUCUUCAGCCCCAGUUCAUCCAAGCCAGCCUGACAACCUUACAAAACCUUGCCCUAGACACAUGAAAGAAAUGAUCAAGUUCUACUGUCAGAACCAUGAAGCACUACUCUGCAGUGUAUGCGUUACUCUUGAACACACAGUUACAACUUGCAAAGUCAACUACAUCCCCGAUAUUUCUGGCCAGGUCAUAAACAGCAAAGAGCAUCAAGUUAUCUUGAAAGCUAUGGAUACCAUUACUGAGCAAUGUCGCAAGAAAUCAGAAGACGUAAAGAAACUAACUGCAAAGUCAAACAGUUCUUUGACAGAUGUACUGGCUGAUAUAAAGAAGUUUCGAACAGAAAUAAAUCAAAGACUAGAUGAACUAGAAAGACAAGCUGAAGAUGCAGUAAAGGCAAUCCAACAAGAAAAUAACAAGAACCUGAAGAAAGUAGAAACAACUUGUGAUGAUGUAACCAAGUCUCUGAAGACAUCAUCUGAUGCCAUUAAACAUCUCAACACAACAAAAAAAGCAGACAAACUUUUCGUGGAACUGAAAUUAGCUAAGCAAAUGAUCAAAGAUUACAAGAAACGUGUCCACCAGUCAGCAGCAAUUGAUGUCAAAGAGUACAACUUUAGACUAAAUAAAGCAAUAUCAACCCUACUUGACAAGGAAAGGUCACUGGGUACAUUCACAGAGAAAUCAGCAAAACAACCAAGUCCUUCUACAGCUGUUGAUAUAAAAUCCAGACAAACUUCACAUCAGGGUGAAAUCUGUGUAAAGACAUCAAAAGAUAAAAACGCAUGCUGGAUAACAGGAAUGAUUCUCCUUACUCCUGAUAAACUUAUCAUCUCUGAUGGUGUUAACAGUGCUGUUAAAAUGGUGGAUACCCGCAGUCAAUCUGUUACUGAUCAAUUACAACUAGAUACUAUACCAAGUAAUGUCACCUCAGUUACCAGUACAGAACUUGCUGUCACACUUCCUGACAAACAAAAUAUUCAAUUUAUAUCAGCCUCCUCAAACAAACUCAAGAAGACAAAAACUCUGAAGGUUGAUGGAAAAUGUUAUGGUAUAAGUUGCUGUCAGACGAAACUUGUUGUAUCAUUCUGUUUUCCUGCAAAACUCCAAAUUCUUGAUACCAAAGGUACCAUACUGACAAUAGUCAAAGGAGAAAAUAUUUUCAGCAAGCCAGUACAUGUUACCACUAACACAAAUUCUAUCUAUGUAUCUGACUGGAACAUGAAAACAAUAACAAGGUUAAACUGGCAGGGUGAGGUGACUGGUAGCUAUGGUGGUAUGACUGAGCCUCAUGCUAUAACACUGUCAGAUGAUGGUUCUGUUUUUGUGUGUGACUGGGGGAGAAAUGUUAUAGAAGAGAUCAUAACAGGUGACUGUUCUACAGGAAGGGUUGUGCUGAAGGACCUCAAUCAUCCCUAUGCUGUCUGUUGGUGUACUGACACAAGUAAACUGUACUACAGCUGUAGAACUGGAGAAGACAAACAUGACAACUUUCUUCAGGUCUUCAAGCUGUCAUAGCUAGAACAAAACUCAUCAACAGUUGAACCAAUGUAUACUGUGAAAUCAUUUAUAAUCACGGGGGACUAAUUUCCAUUGAUUUUGUGAUUGUGCCAACCAAAGAACUUUAAUCCCAACAAACAUGACUAUUCCUUGUUAUUUCUCAAGAUAAAUAUCACAAUUUAAACAAGAGCAAUGCCAAUGUCAUCACUCCUCUGAAAGUGCUGGACAAUAUAUGAGAGUUAAUAGAUCAGAUUUUCUAAGUACAAAAAAGGGCAACAAUUCUGACAAAAUGCAGGUUAUAGUUAUGGCAUACAUAGUCCCCUUAUAAUGAUAAACAAGACAAAGUUUCAAAGCUGUAGCUCUAACAGUUUUUUUAAAAAGAUGGACCUAAACAAAAAUGUAACCAAAGCUGAUGCCAAUGCCGAAGAUCAAGUGAUGGCAUUACCAUGAUAUAUUAUACUUUUACCACGUAAAUGAAACGACAUAAGAAAUUGCUAGCAGCUGUUGACACAAAAGCAAUAAUCAUACUUAAUGUCUUUGUUAUUUAACCAUGGUCUCUGCUGCAGGAUUAAAGAACACCUUUAAUAGCUACAGCACUCCUUAGUUACACAGCACCUUAGCUAUAGAUCACCAUAGCUAGACAGCACCAAAGCUAGACAGCACCACAGCUAUAGAGCACCCUUGCUAGAAAUCACCAUAGGUAGAGAGCACCUUAGCUAGGGAGCACCUUAGCUACAGGGCACCUUAGCUAGACAGAAUCUUAGCUAGAGAGCACCUUCUACAGGGCACCCUAGCUAUAGAGCACCUUAGCUAGACAGGGCACCUUAGCUACAGGGCACCUUAGCUACAGAGCACCUUAGCUACAGGGCACCUUAGCUACAGAGCACCUUAGCUAGACAGAAUCUUAGCUAGAGAGCACCUUCUACAGGGCACCCUGGCUAUAGAGCACCUUAGCUAGACAGGGCACCUUAGCUACAGAACACCUUAGCUACUGGGCACCUUAGCUACAGAGCACCUUAGCUACAGGGCAACUUAGCUACAGAGCACCUUAGCUUUAGGAUCUUUCUAGGAAGAUCACUGGUAUUCUCUUUUGGCAUUUCCUGUUCUAAAUCAUUGUUAAUUUUAAAUUUUCAAAGACUAUUUCUGAACUACCAAACAAGAUGAAGAAAUAAACUAAUUUCUGAAAGAUAAAUUCUUCUUCUUAACUGUGUAUCUGGAGACAGAGAUUUUAUGAAUUAAUUUUCAGCCUUUGAAAUGAAUAAAUGAUAUUUAACAAGAGUGCCAGAAUGUCACAAUAUACGCCCGUCAUAACAAAUUUCUUUACACUAGCACCUGUAUUUGCUAAUGGAAUUUUAAUUCUGUGGUUGUGUAGUAAUUAUUGUAAUUCUUUUGUUUUUCCAAGUCCUUCUUGUAUCUGACAUUUGGCCUCUAAGCGUGAUCUUGACCUUAGACCUUGGGACCUGGUUCUUGCGCAUGACACACCAUCUCGUGGUGGUGAAGAUUUGUGCCAAGUUAUAUCAAAAUCCCUUCAUGCAUGAAGAAGAAAUGCUCAAGAAAAAGUUUUCAUUCUUGUAUCCUUUGACCUCUAAGUGUGACCUUGACCUUAGACCUAGGGAUGUAGUUCUUGUGCAAGACACUCCGUCCUGUAGUGGUGAACAUUUGUGCCAAGUUAUAUCAAAAUCCCUCCAUGCAUGAAAAAGAAAUGCUUCAGACGAAGUUUUCAUUCUUGUAUCCUUUGACCUCUAAGUGUGACCUUGACCUUAGACCUAGGGACCUGGUUCUUGCGAAUGACAACCCUUCUCAUGAUGGUGAACAAUUGUGCCAAGUUACAUCAAAAUCCCUUCAUGCAUGAAGAAGAUAUGCUCCGGACAAAGUCAUUCUUGAAUUUGACCUUUGACCUCUAAGUGUGACCUUGACCUUAGACCUAGGGACCUCUUGCGCAAGACACUCAGUCUCAUGAGGGUGAACAAUUGUGCCAAGUUUCAUCAAAAUCCCUCCAUGCAUGAAGAAGAUAUGCUCCGGACAAAGUAGGUGGACGCCAACCGCCCGCCCACCCGCCAGGGAUGUUCCCAUAAUAUGUCCCGUUUUUCAAACGGGCGUAUAAAAACAAUGUACCUUCUGUUUUAUGUAAUACCAAAAUCCACUAAACAAUCAGCUUAUGAUGUUAUAAAGACCUGAACAAGGUACAGAAACGACAUUCUAUAAAUCUUGUGUAAUUACGCAUUCUUGUUAGGCAGUCCAUCAAUCUUUGGACAUAAAGUUCAACUCAUACAUGACAUUCCAUAAACACCAGGGCCAUGAAGUCCCUAUGUUGCUUUCCUGACUCACUUUUUACCUCAUCAAACUUGACCUAGCUUUCAGAAUGAAAAACAUUCUGACUAAGUACAUCUGACAAAGUAA